AUGAUUCAAUUCUCAACUCUCUAUCGUGAGGACUGGCGCAGUUUAGCUGGAUGCUUCAAUCUUGUAGCUACAUAUUAUUAUGUUCUGCAGCAAGACAUCGUGCUACAUCUUGCUCAUCUCAUCGCCCCAGAGAUGCACAUGCAAUUGGAGAAGAAGUUUCCCAACUUCCGUUCCAAGCUUGAAAUUGAACGAGCCUUUCACUUUCGCGUCUGGGACACUGGCGAUGAUAACACAUCCCAAGUCCGUUUCCGACCUGCUGCAUGCCAGUUUGUCGAUGAAUUCUUUGAGUGGAAUAUUGACUGCAUUCUACCAAACAAUCGAUAUGAGUACGAGGGCUAUGGUUCUGUAAAUAAUUGUGUUAGGUAUAGCGCAACCUCGACCAGGGACGGCCACCGCUGGUACCUAGGCCUGGUGGACCGUGGCUUACGGCGAUGGGACAAGUACUCUGGGGAAGUUCGCCAGUGUUUGACUCAUCGCCUACAACUCAUCGCAGAGGAGUACCCAGAAGAAUUUGGCGAUCACGUUUUCACGUGCUUACCACAUUGGAGAAGCAAAUACCCUGCACAUGACUUUUUGGGUCUCCGAUUCGAAACUUGGGCUAUCCCUUCACGGUCUCAGGUUGCAAGCGCUAUGGAUCGUCUUGGAAUCCCUGAUUUUGCACGGAAGCUUCCUGACACUUGGAUUUACGAAGAGAAUCCCCUCAGCCUUGGCCCACCAGAAUUCGAUGACGACGAUCUUCCAUUCGAUUUCGAGUUUCGUAUACGCAAGAAGAUCAGAUUCUCUGCCGCUGCAUCUGCCAUUCGAUUCAUUGGUCUGCUUUCAACCACUCAAAGGACGUCAAUCCGCACAAUAGUUCUCCAUGAGGACUCUGCAUACAACGCCGUAUCGAUAUCAUCAAUACCCUCCACACUGUUUGCCACGUUGCUACCGCCGUAUGGGAGGUAUUAUAGCCAGGUGGAAGUAUUGCGGGGCAGGUUCACUUUGGAUGAUGAUUUCAAGAAUGCCAUCGUGCAGUUAGUGAACCAAUCAUCAACCGUCUUCCGAUGUGACUUCGACCCGGGGGUACCUCAGGGUUGCGAGGCUUUCGUGAAUGCCGCCAGGGCCAUCAUUCCGGGUGAUAUUUGGGAGUAUUGGAGCAUAACGGAGUGGCUUGACAACUAUAUCAAUUUAGCUAGAACAGAGGAGGAAAAGGACGCGACACUUCGACAGUAUGAUAUUCAGACAAGCCAAGAAUGCAUCCUGUCAUGGGUAUCUAUCGGGGCUCUAUGGGAAACCCAAGACGAUCGGUAG